CAUAUUCAACACCAGCGGCUUCCUUCACGCCGCGAGACGGAUUUUUGUUCUCAACGUUUUAAAGUUCUUUAAAAAGUAAACGUAUUUUUUGUUACUCAGAAAAUAAGUUUACUCUUUAAGGAUCAUUAAGAAAAAAGUUGUUCGGAUCAGGUUGUGGGUUUUAUAUCCGAUCAGCGAUGCUGCCUGUACAGAUUUCUCAACCGGAAGUCAACAACAAGGCCGAUGAGCAGAAAGAAGAAACUCCGGCCACGAAACCCAUCGUGGGGAUCAUCUACCCUCCUCCUGAAGUGCGCAAUAUCGUGGACAAGACCGCCAGCUUCGUAGCGAGGAACGGGCCGGAGUUUGAAGCGAGAAUUCGUCAGAACGAGAUCAACAACCCCAAGUUUAACUUCCUGAACCCCAGCGACCCGUACCAUGCCUACUACCGCCACAAGGUCAACGAGUUCAAAGAGGGCAAAGGUCAGGAGCCGUCUGCUGCCGUGCCGAAGGUCAUGCAGCAGCAGUCCAUGCAGCAAGCCCAGCAGCAGCUCCCCCAGAAGGUCCAAGCGCAGGUCAUCCACGAGACGGUCAUUCCCAAGGAGCCUCCACCCGAGUUCGAGUUCAUGGCCGACCCGCCCUCCAUCUCGGCCUUUGACCUGGACGUGGUGAAGCUGACGGCGCAGUUCGUGGCCCGUAACGGCCGCCAGUUCCUCACGCAGCUCAUGCAGAAGGAGCAGAGGAACUACCAGUUCGACUUCCUGCGUCCUCAGCACAGCCUCUUCAACUACUUCACCAAACUGGUGGAACAGUACACCAAGAUUCUGAUCCCUCCGAAAGGACUGCUGCAGAAACUGAAGAGAGAGGCGGAGAAUCCCCGUGAGGUCCUGGAUCAGGUGAAGUACCGAGUGGAGUGGGCCAAGUACCAGGAGCGAGAGAGGAAGAAAGAGGAGGAGGAGAGAGAGAAAGAGCGUGUGGCAUACGCUCAGAUCGACUGGCACGACUUUGUUGUCGUGGAGACGGUCGACUUCCAGCCCAAUGAGCAAGGCAACUUCCCUCCUCCCACCACUCCGGAGGAACUGGGAGCUCGAAUCCUGAUCCAGGAGCGUUACGAGAAGUACGGAGAGAGCGAAGAAGUGGAGAUGGAGGUGGAAAGCGAGGACGAGGAGGACGAGCGAGACACCAGGGACGAAGGCCACACGGCUCAACUGGACCAGGACACACAGCUGCAGGAUAUGGACGAGGGUUCGGAUGAAGAUGAGGAGUCGAUGAAGGCUCCACUCCCUCCUGAAAACCCCAUGCCUCCUCCUCUGCCUCCUACUCCAGACCAGGUCAUCAUCCGCAAAGACUACGACCCCAAGGCCUUGAAGUCUCAGGCUGUCGUGCCGCCUGGUGAUGAGUUCCUCAUCUCUCCGAUCACGGGUGAGAAGAUCCCGGCCAGUAAGAUGCAGGAGCACAUGCGUAUCGGGCUGCUGGACCCGCGCUGGCUGGAGCAGCGAGACCGAAACCUCCGAGAGCGACAGAUCGAAGAGGAGGUGUACGCCCCCGGCCUGGACAUCGAGAGCAGCCUGAAGCAGCUGGCUGAGAGAAGAACGGAUAUCUUCGGUGUGGAAGAAACAGCCAUUGGUAAGAAGAUUGGCGAGGAGGAGAUCCAGAAACCCGAGGAGAAGGUGACGUGGGACGGUCACUCAGGCAGCAUGGCGCGUACGCAGCAGGCCGCUCAGGCGAACAUCACGCUGCAGGAGCAGAUCGAAGCCAUCCACAAAGCUAAAGGCCUGGUGCAGGAGGACGAGACCAAGGAGAAGAUCGGACCCAUCAAACCCAACGAGACCGCGCCCCCGCCGCUGCCCACCACCGUGCCCACCCUGCCCAAGCCCAGCCCACCCAUCAACACGGCUCCCAGAGUGCCAGCUGCAGUUCCUCCUCCGGUGCGCACCACCCUGCUCUCCGCCGUGCCCGUUAUCCCGAGGCCCCCUGUGACCCCCGUGGUACGCUUGGCCCCCGGUCAGGUCCUGACCCCGAUGCCCCCCAUGGUGCACGCUCCUCGGAUCAACGUGGUGCCGAUGCCCCCGGCCGCGCCCCACAUCAUGGCUCCUCGACCUCCACCCAUGGUGGUGCCUGCAGCAUUCGUACCUGCCCCUCCGGUGCCCCAACCUCCUAGUGCUGUUCCCGCCCCCAUGCCUCCUGCCCACCCUCCUGCUCCACACGAGGACGAGCCGGUGAGCAAGAAGAUGAAGACGGAGGACAACCUGGUCCCAGAGGACGAGUUCCUACGCAGAAACAAGGGUCCCGUCGCAGUCAAAGUUCAGGUUCCCAACAUGCAGGACAAGACAGAAUGGAAGCUGAACGGCCAAGUGCUGAACUUCACACUGCCGCUCACAGACCAGGUGUCCGUCAUAAAGGUUAAGAUCCACGAGGCCACCGGGAUGCCGGCCGGCAAACAGAAACUUCAGUACGAGGGUAUUUUCAUCAAGGACUCCAACUCUCUGGCCUACUACAACAUGAACAACGGGUCUGUGAUUCACCUGGCGCUGAAGGAGAGAGGAGGGAGGAAGAAGUAGAUCACACCUGUCUCUUGUCCUCUGUCUGUCUCUGUCUCUCAGAUCGGGCCGUCUCUGUCUCUUGCACUCGCGCGCUCUCCCUCUCUGUGUGUCUGUCUUUUGUGCUGUCACUCUCUCUCAAAUCUGGCUCUGUCACUGUCUUACGCUCUCUCUCUCAAAUCUGGCUCUCGCCAUCUUGCUCACUCGCUGUCUGUCUCUGUCGCGCUCUCUUUCUCUGUCGCUCGCUGUCUCUCUCACUGUCUCUCUUUCUCUGUUGCUUGCUGUCUCUCUCUCUGUUGCUUGCUCUCUCUGUCGCUCACUCUCUCUGUCACUCACUGUCUCUCUCUCUCUCAAAUCUGGCUCUCGCCAUCUUGCUCGCGCUCUCUCUCUCUCUGUCGCUUGCUGUCUCUCUCUCUCUCUGUCGCUCGCUGUCUCUCUCUGUCGCUUGCUGUCUCUCUCUCUCUCUCUCUCUCUCUCUCUCUCUCAAAUCUGGCUCUCGCUGUCUCUCUCUCUCUCUCUCUCUCUCUCUAUCUGUCGCUCGCUGUCUCUCUCUGUUGCUUGCUGUCUCUGUCGCUCACUGUCUCUCUCUCUCUGUUGCUCACUGUCUCAUUCUCUCUCUCAAAUCUGGCUCUCGUCGUCUUGCUCGCUCGCUGUCUCUCUCUGUCAUCUGCUGUCUUGUUCUCUCUCUCUUCUCUGUCGCUCGCUGUCUCUCUCUUGCUCUGUCACUCUCUCUCUCUCUCUCUCUCUCUCUCUGUCUCCUCAGAGUUUUAAGCUUUGAUGUUAAACACAGACUAUAAUCUGAAUCCAGAUCUGUUUAAUUAGUUGUUAAUGUUGUAGCUGAAAGUAAAAAUGUUCGUUUUAAUUACGCAGCUCAGAGUAAAUCAGUACAUCGUAAAGGGUGUUUUUGUUUUUUGGUUUGUUUUGUGGGGUUUUUUUGUUUGAGUGUUUUACUCUGAAUAACGUUUCCUUUCGCAGCUGAAACUCUGACGUGAUGUUUGAUGAAUAAACAAACUGAAAUAAAUUUGGUAAAUCUGAAUUUUGUUGGUCCUUGUUUUGUUUUUUUAUCUAAUGCCUGAGGGUCGGUCUCGGAUCAAAAAACAAUAAAAUUUCUGUUUCAAAAUUUGA